AACACAAAAACAACACAAAGGAACCAAACACAGAACCACUUAAACACACAAAUAAUGUCGUGGCAAACCUACGUAGAUGAACACUUGAUGUGUGACAUCGAUGGCACAGGCCACCAUCUCACCGCAGCCGCCAUCAUCGGCCAUGACGGCUCCGUUUGGGCUCAAAGUACUGCAUUCCCUCAGAUUAAGUCUGAUGAGAUCAGUGGCAUCAUGAAAGAUUUUGAUGAACCUGGCUAUCUUGCUCCUACCGGCCUCCACCUCUCCGGCACCAAAUACAUGGUAAUCCAGGGAGAGCCGGGUGCUGUCAUCCGUGGAAAGAAGGGAUCUGGAGGAAUCACCAUUAAGAAAACUGGGCAAGCAUUAGUGUUUGGAAUGUACGAUGAACCUGUUACUCCUGGACAGUGCAACAUGGUUGUUGAGAGGUUGGGAGAUUACCUUGUCGACCAGGGUCUGUAGAGACCAAAAUUUUUUCAAAUUUAUUAAUUUUUUUUUUCUUUGGGUAUUGUAAGUUGUUAUAUUUACAAUUAUGAUCUGCAUUGUUUCAACCCCAUGCAUGUUGGGAGUUGUUGCAGACAAUAAGCAUAUCAGAGUUAAGCACUUGUUCCUUCUUUGAAUUUUUAUAUUUCAUUACUUUCUUUCUUAAUGCUGUUUUCUGCUUCUCUUAACUUGUAUUCUAUGGAUUUUCACUAAUUCUUGUUCC